GUUUCUUCCACCCAUACCAUCACCGUUGACCGUACAGCGUAAUUCAAACAAUGCAAGCUCCAUCUCAACCUCAUACUCAGUCUCCAAGUGCAACAGUGCUUGGUCGAUCCGCAAUCCUCGCGCCUCCGAAUCUCGCUCCUGAUGAUACCGACCGUUGGCUGGCCCCUGUGCUUCGCACUGCUCCCGACCACCUAAGAAAGUGGUUCAUGGACAUGAGUAGCCGUGAUCAUGAUAAAAUUUAUAUGACAGAAAUUGACGAGGAGGCCAAAACCUGGAUCCAAGAGCAUCGUGAAGAAGUAAUUGAGGCCAUGCCUGUUCGACUUGAAACCUAUGAAAACAAUAUAAUUCUACAAAUCCCAUCACAGAUCCAUCAGUUUGCCGGUCAGGUCAUCAAGGAGGCUAUCAACUCCAGAUAUAAAUCUGGCACCCACUCCAUCAUAAUUAUGGAAUCUGCUGACAUCCCCCUUCUCGACAAGCAUUGGAAGCAGUGCGACAUCCAAAUCUAUGACUUAGAGCCUCCACCUGACAGCACCAGCACGGUGAAGAGGCUUUGUACAUGCCAAGCUAGAAAUGCACUAGCGUAUAUAACACUAACACAACACACUCACACUCACACACACACAAACCCUCAGUAGUUCGGGGGUGAUGUGUGAUACAAGCACACAAUAGCAGUAGUAUUGAAAGAAUCCUUGCACGUUACAAUAUAAUAUAGCAUGCUUAGCAAUAUAAUAAUCUUCUAAGUCCAAAUGCUUUUGGAACAGGAGGUGAGCAACAGAAUCGCUUGGCCUCAAGGCAAAAGUAUUAUUUCGCAAGCCCCCAAACAUUCUACAAGAACAUAUAACCCUCAAAAUA